AUGAUACCCAAGCCUUCUGAACCACUCAUAUGUGGGCCCAGGGCUCUUUUAAACCCCUUGGUACCAACGCAGGAGAAUGCCUUCAAUCCAUGCUUCUUGGUCCAGCUAUUGCUACUUUUGGUCGUAUUGAUAGCACCUCCAGCGAUAUACCAAUUGAUAAACCUGCUACGAAGCCCUCAAUAUGGAUCACUCUCGAUCAAAAGCACAAGAUGGCCCCACUUUUUCCGCUGUGGCCUUGUGGCGACAGUCACUUUACUCACUUGCUGGUUGACUGCUCAAAUCAGCAUCCAUGAAAGAUACGCAGACUAUAAGCUUAUCGGUUUCGGCUCCGUGUCUCUUUUGUUGGUGCUUGUGCUCCUUCCUUUGCAUAUUAUCGAACCCUUGAGCCUACCGAUUCAAUCAGCACCUCUUUUGGCCUUUUGGCCAGCAUUUGUGGUGCUACAAUGUGCGAUUAUAUUCCAAGAUUCAUAUACCAAGUGGCCCAUUUUGCUCAGCCAUAAAGCAGUGCACAUUGAAACGGUAUCAAUGAUUCUAUCUGUUGCUGUCUUUUUGCUCGAGGCUUCCAAAAGUACAUGGAAACCGACUCACGAGCUUCUCAUACACUACUUGAAUAACGAAGAGUUAGCUCGAGAAUUGAAGAAACCGAACUUUGUGGAGCAAAUCACAUUUACAUGGAUGAACAAACUCAUUACGAGCUCCUACGAAAAUGGCACUCUCAAUCAUCUCGACCUUCCCGAGAUCCCAUCGAGAAUAUCCACUGAUCUUUAUAUGGAGCGUCUUUCGAAGUUCUACGACCCCAAAAAGAAUCCCAAUGUCACCAAGCGAGGCUUGCUUUGGGCUCUAGUGAAGGCAUUUGGACCGUUGGGCUUGAUUUCCUUUCUGUAUGAGAUGAUCGACAAGGUGCUCAACUUUGUUCAGCCUCAACUUUUGAGGCUUUUGAUCCUCUUUGUUAGUGAUAAGGUUUCUGAUCCUAGUGUCCCUGUGUUGAGAGGUUUUAUCAUCUCAUUCGGCAUGUUCUUUGUGACUCUUAUUCAGACAUCCAUGACCAAUCGUUUUAUGAUGAGAAUCCAGGAAUUUGGCUUCAGCUUCAGAGCCUCUCUCACGUCAUUGGUGUUUCAGAAAAGUCUCAGACUCUCAAGUCAGGCUUUAUCUGAACGCUCUAGCGGCGACAUUGUCAAUUUAAUUUCUAUCGAUGCCCCCAGAGUUCAAACAUGCGCUCAAGAAAUAAGCACAUUGGUGAUUGCCCCGACAGAGUUUGUCAUUUGUAUGUUGUCUCUUUGGGCUUUGCUCGGUAAAGCAAGUUUAGCUGGAGCAAGUGUGAUCUUGUUCUCCUUCCCUUUGAAUGCUAUAAUUGUUCGCUUUCAAAAGCGUCUAUCUAAGAAGCAAAUGAAGAUAAAGGAUGAGAGGAACAGAGUGACAAAUGAGAUUCUCGUGUCCAUGAGAUCGAUCAAGUUCUACUCCUGGGAAAACCCCAUGCUCAAGCACCUUCUUGAUAUUCGGAAUGGGCGUGAAAUGACGAAUCUUCGUAAGAAGAGAUUGCUUGGUCAAGUGUCGAGCUUUCUCUGGAUUCUUAUUCCAUUUUUGGUGUCAUUUGCGACUUUUGCAACUUUUGCUAUCACCAGCACUGUUCCACUUACUUCUGACAUUGUGUUUCCCGCCCUCACAUUGCUUGAAAUCCUUUCCAAGCCAAUCCUCAACUUCCCAGCUGUCUUUAAUUACAUCAUCGAGGGUUCGGUGGCACUUGACAGGAUUACGAGUUUUCUCAGCAGCCCCGAAGUUGACGACAGCCUCAUUUCCAUCAAGUCAAGCGACCACCCAACAUCUCUUGAGAUUCAGAAUGUGUCAUUUUUGUGGAGCAAACCUGAAACCACUGAGAUAAGGGAAGACAUGGAUUUUGCUAGCUUCAAAUAUGCUCUUCGAAACAUUAACUUGAAAGCAAACAAGAACGACCUCAACCCAUGGAUCAUGAACGCAUCAGUGAAAGACAACAUUUUGUUCGGUCAUGAAUAUGAUGAAGAUUACUAUCAACGUACUAUUGAAGCUUGUCAGCUUGUUCCAGAUUUAAAGAUACUUCCUGAUAACGAUAACACUCAAGUUGGCGAGAAGGGUAUUUCUUUGUCUGGUGGGCAGAAGGCCAGGCUAGCAUUAGCUCGUGCAGUGUACGCGAGAGCCAACAUCUAUCUUCUUGACGACGUCUUGAGUGCUGUGGAUAGUCAUGUGGGAAGAAAUAUUGUUCAACAGGUCUUCAGCAGAUCGGGACUCUUGGCCAGGCUGACAAUCGUCCUCGCUACAAACAAUAUUCCUGUGCUUCUGAGUGCUUCGAAGAUCUACUACCUUGAAAACGGCUCCAUCUUAGAGGAGGCCGGCUACGAUGAAAUCAGUCCGGAGGCUUUCCCCAAGCUCAACCGUCUCAUCACCGAGUUUGGCAGCCUGACAGAAGUAUCGAAGUCACCAACACCAGAAGAAAGCUCCCAGCCGCCUCCAUACAGCAAAGCCAGCUUGGCACCUUUCGAAUGGAAUCCAUUGAAAAAGAACACUUUGUCAAAGAAGACAGCUCAGUCAGCAGAGGUCUCGGCGAAAGGAAAAGUCAAUUGGAGCGUCUACUACGACUACAUCAAGGCGUGUUCGACAAGUGGUGUUCUUGUGUGGGUCGCCAUUUUUGUCGCCUCCACUUUGAUUUCGGUGAGGACGACUUACUGGCUUAAGCAGUGGGCUGAGCGUAAUUCUGAUAUCGGUAACAACUCCGAAGCGCUUCGAUUCAUUCUGAUUUAUGCCAUGUUGGGUCUUACUACAAGUAUAUUGACCCUGGCCAGAGGUGUUUUAUUCUGGGCGUUCUUGGGUCUUCGUGGUGGAAAGAUUAUACAUGAACGAAUGGCUCGUCGACUCAUGAAAGUGCCGAUGUUAUUUUUCGAAAGAACUCCGGUUGGAAGAAUCAUGAAUCGUUUUAGUAACGAUGUGAACAAGGUUGAUGAUGCCUUGCCAAGGUCAUUCAACAAUUUUUUGAAUGCAUGCUUGAGGACGACCAUGACAUUGGUGAUUGUCGUCUUUGCCAUUCCCUCGUCCCUCCCUGUUUUGAUAGUAUUGGGCAUCUCCUAUCGGUAUUUCCAGAAGUACUAUGUUGCAGUGCAAAGAGAAAUCAAAAGGCUUGUUUCGGUAUCACGGUCACCCAUAUUUGCUCAUUUCCAAGAGAGUUUGACUGGAGCCGAUACUAUAAGAGCCUACAGACAGCAAGAGCGCUUUCUUUUCAUUAAUGACGCUAAUGUGGAUUUCAACCUUCAGAGUCUCUACAUGUUACGGUCGGUCAAUCGGUGGCUUCUGGUAAGAUUGCAGAUGAUGGGCUCCCUUUUGAUCUGGGUUUCCUCGUCUCUUCUCAUUUACAAAGCGUCUUCAUCCUCUGCUUUAAGCGCUGGUAUGGUGGGUUUCGUGAUGAGUUACUCUUUGCAAGUUACCAGUUGGCUUCGUUUGAUUGUCAGAUUCUCUGCAGAGGUGGAGUCCAAUAUUGUCUCAGUGGAAAGAUGUUUGGAGUAUGCCGAAUUACAGCCUGAGGAAGACGCUGACGAUAAGUUUGAGCAACCAGGUGCCGGUUGGCCUCGCGAAGGAGCUAUUGACGUGAAAGACUUCUCCGCUCGAUAUGCCAAAAACCUCGACACUGUGCUUAACAACAUCUCCUUUUCUGUCAAGGCUGGUGAAAAAAUUGGAGUCGUUGGGCGUACCGGAGCAGGAAAAAGUUCCUUGGUGUUGGCCAUUUUCCGAAUGAUCUCUCUCAGUGAGGGUCUGAUAUUCAUCGACCAGGUGGACACCAAGAAGCUUCGUCUCUUCGAUCUUAGACAUAACCUCAGUAUCAUACCGCAAGAUUCACAUAUGUUUGAGGGCACUGUCCGUGACAACCUUGAUCCCUUCAAGGAGCACAGUGAUGAACGCUUGUGGCGAGUUUUGGAGCUUUCCAAUCUCAAAGAGACUGUAGAGCGUCUAGAUGGUGGACAGGGUCUCGAUAGUCCGGUCAGUGAGGGAGGUGGAAACUUCUCUGCUGGUCAGAAACAGCUUAUUUGUUUGGGAAGGGCUCUUUUGAACCCCUCUAAAGUUUUACUUUUGGAUGAAGCCACCGCUGCCGUGGACGUGCAAACAGACAAAAUCAUCCAGGAGACAAUUCGUCAUGAAUUCAAAGAAAAGACAAUUAUAACAAUUGCACACAGGUUGGAUACUGUCAUGGACAGCGACAGGAUUCUCGUGUUGGACCAUGGAGAAGUCAAGGAGUAUGACUCUCCCGAUGCACUUCUACGCGACCCACACAGCCGUUUCAGAGGCAUGUGUGAGGCCAACAACUAA